AUGAACUUGUUGCCUUUACCUUCUUCUGAGCGUGUGAAUCUAGAUGGCAAAAAGAAGGCCAACUUUGUGAGGUCAUUACAUGAAAAGGUGUGCACUAACAUUGAAAGAAGAACCUUCCAAUAUGUCCAAGAAGCUAACAAGAGUAGGCGCAAGUUAGUUUUUGAACCCAGUGAUUGGAUAUGGUUACACUUGUGCAAGGAAAGGUUUCUCAAACAACGUCAAAGCAAGUUGAGACCAAGAGGAGAUGGUCCUUUCCAAGUGAUCGAGCACAUCAAUGACAAUGCAUAUCGUUUGGAACUUCUUGGUGAGUAUAAUGUAAGUGUUACAUUCAAUGUUGCUGACUUAAGUCCGUUUCUGGCAGGUGAUGAACAUGAUUUGAGGGCAAAUUCUUCUCAAGAAGAGGGGAAUGAUGCGGAUGAUGCGGACUUGCAAGCUGACCAUGGUGUGCAUGUAGACCUCAUGAAGGUUCGUCAAGGUCCAGUAAUUCGUGCAAGAGUUAGAAGAUUCAAAGAGUCACUCUUGACCUUAGUAUAUGCUGUGCAAGCACAAGAAGGAUCCUUCACAAGCAUUGAAGGUAUCAACUUGGAAGAUUCUCGCAAACCGACUAAGAUGAUGUUAUCCAUUAAAGGUGACAAUGGUCAAGCGUCAAGCAAGCAUUAG